GAGCUGACACGCCUUGCCGUGGACGUGCUGGCGGCUUCCGUCGUCGCGAAGUGCAGCUGCAGUUGCUCCUGCGGCGGCGGUGGGAAGAUGAAGUGUCGCCGAAAGGCCGACUGGAAAUCGCUCCAGGGACUCUUGCGCAGGAUUCGCGGCUUCUGGGCAGGCCUUGACAUCCCGAGGGUCUGGGACACCAUGGAAGGUCUCCUGAGAACCAUCCAGCAGAUCGGUCCUGCAGUUCUGGAACCAGAUCUGGGGCUUAUCGGAGACAUCUCUUCUCUGUUAGAUGUGGCGGCAUCAGGUGGCGACUCCCUGGAAGCUGCCAUCAACUCGGUAGAUCUUUUCACCGAGCGUAUCACCCGCGAGCAGCGAAAGGUCGAGACCGCCAGCAGCCAG